CUGCCAGAGAGAAAAACCGAGCAGAAAAAGAGAAUAAUGCAACAUUGGACUGCUGCUCGUGUGUUAUUUCUGCACUGAUAAAGAGGGUUUAAACUGACUGCGGGAAUACAACACAUUUAAGCUUUUGUUCUCUUCAAUGCACGGCCACUAGAAAAGAAAAGGAGGAAAACGCUGCAACGUUACAAGUCCGGGAUCAUCACCUAAGACCCAAGACAGUCCUCGACCUACAGGGUAUCACCCUAAAACCCGAGGAACGAUGUCCUCUACGAAAUUCAAGAAGGAUAAGGAGAUCAUAGCGGACUAUGAGACCCAAGUGAAAGAGAUCCGUAACCAGCUGGUGGAGCAGUUCAAAUGCUUGGAGCAACAGUCUGAGUCUCGUAUCCAGCUUCUGCAGGACCUGCAGGAGUUCUUCCGUCGCAAAGCAGAGAUUGAACUGGAAUACUCCCGCAGCUUAGAGAAACUGGCCGAGAGGUUCUCCUCCAAGAUCCGCAGCUCCAGGGAACACCAACAGUUCAAGAAAGACCAGCACCUGCUGUCCUCAGUAAACUGCUGGUACCUGGUGCUGAACCAGACGAGGCGAGAGAGCCGUGACCAUGCCACCCUCAGCGACAUCUACACCAACAAUGUCAUCCUCCGCUUUGCACAGAUCAGCGAGGACAUCAUCCGCCUGUUCAAGAAGAGCAAGGACAUUGGGAUCCAGAUGCACGAGGAGCUGGUGAAAGUGACGAAUGAACUCUACACUGUGAUGAAAACAUACCACAUGUACCACACUGAGAGUAUCAGUGCGGAGGGCAAGCUGAAGGAUGCUGAGAAGCAGGAGGAGAAGCAGUUCAGCAAGUCCGGAGAUCUCAACGUUAACCUCCUGCGCCACGAGGACCGCCAACCGAGACGCAGCUUCGUCAGGAAAAUUGAAAAGAUGAAAGAAAAGAGGCAAGCCAAGUACUCAGAGAAUAAGCUGAAAUGCACAAAAGCCCGGAAUGACUAUUUGUUGAACCUGGCAGCAACAAAUGCAGUUGUGGCAAAAUAUUACAUCCAUGACGUCUCUGAUAUGAUUGAUUGCUGUGACCUGGGCUACCAUGCUAGCUUAGCACGCACCCUCAGGACCUACUUAUCUGCUGAGUACAACUUGGAGACAUCACGCCACGAGGGACUGGAUAUCCUAGAGAAUGCGGUGGACAACCUAGAUUACCGCACUGACAAGCACAAGAUCAUGGAUAUGCAUAACCAGGUGUUCUGCCCUCCUAUGCGCUUUGAGUACCUGCCACACAUGGGAGAUGAGGUGUGCCAGGUGAGCGCCCAGCAGCCUGUCCAGACUGAACUCCUGAUGCGCUACCACCAACUGCAGUCUCGCUUAGCUACGCUAAAGAUAGAGAACGAGGAGGUGAGAAAGACCUUGGACGCCACCAUGCAAACGCUGCAGGACAUGCUGACGGUAGAGGACUUUGACGUGUCGGAUGCCUUCCAACACAGCCGCUCCACUGAGUCCAUUAAGUCCGUGGCCUCCGAGUCCUACAUGAGCAAACUGAAUGUAGCCAAGAGGAGGGCCAACCAACAGGAGACUGAAAUGUUCUACUUUUGUAAAUUCAAGGAGUACCUGAAUGGCAGUAACCUCAUCAUUAAGCUGCAGGCCAAGAAUGACUUACUGAAGCAGACACUGGGUGAAGGGGAAAGGGCUGAGUGUGGAACUACAAGGCCCCCCACCCUUCCCCCUAAACCACAGAAAAUGCGGAAGCCUAGGCCACGCUCCUUGUAUAACCAUAAGCUGUUUAACGGCAACAUGGAGACCUUCAUUGAGGAUUCUGGUCAACCAAUCCCACUUGUUGUCGAAAGCUGUGUCAGACACAUCAAUCUCUACGGCUUGCAGCAGCAAGGCAUAUUCCGCGUGCCGGGAUCACAGGUGGAAGUCAAUGAUAUCAAGAACUCAUUUGAGAGAGGUGAAGACCCCUUGAUUGAUGACCAGAAUGACCAUGAUAUCAACUCAGUGGCAGGCGUGCUGAAGCUGUACUUCAGAGGGCUGGAGAACCCCAUCUUCCCAAAAGAGCGCUUCCUGGACUUCAUCUCUACCAUCAAGCUGGAAACUGGAGCUGAGAGAGCGCAUCACAUCCAGCAGAUUACUGUGACACUUUCUCGCACCAUCAUAAUCGUCAUGAGAUACCUUUUUGCUUUUCUCAAUCAUCUCUCCCAGUACAGUGAUGAGAACAUGAUGGAUCCAUACAAUUUGGCAAUCUGCUUUGGUCCAACCCUGAUGCCAAUUCCAGACGGACAUGAUCCUGUAUCGUGCCAGGCACAUGUUAACGAGGUCAUCAAGACCAUCAUCAUGCACAAUGAACUCAUCUUUCCCAAUCAACGUGAGCUGGACGGCCCAGUGUAUGAAAAGUGCAUGAGUGGGGGAGAGGAGUACUGUGACAGCCCACACAGUGAACCAGGAACUAUUGACGAGGCUGACAAUGGAACUGAACCACACACCAGUGAUGAAGAGGUUGAACAGAUUGAGGCCAUCGCUAAGUUUGACUACGUGGGACGAAGUCCCAGGGAGCUGUCCUUCAAGAAGGGAGCCUCUCUGCUUCUGUAUCACAGAGCGUCUGAAGACUGGUGGGAGGGACGCCACAAUGGUGUGGAUGGCCUCAUCCCACAUCAAUACAUUGUAGUACAAGACCUGGAUGAUGCUUUCUCAGAUAACCUCAGCCAGAAAGCGGACAGUGAAGCCAGUAGUGGACCAUUGCUGGAUGAUAAGGGUUCAUCCAAAAAUGAAGUCCCGUCACCAUGUGAACCUUCACCUGAUUAUAACUUUGGAGGAGUCAUGGGGAGGGUGAGGCUACGGUCCGAUGGAGCUGCAAUCCCACGUCGUCGGAGUGGGACAGACACCCACAGCCCAACCAGAGUGGCCGACACUCCGCCACGGGCUGCAGCGUGUCCCAGCAGCCCCCACAAGGUGUCCAUCAGCAAGGGCCGUAUUGAGAGCCCAGAAAAGAGGCGCAUUGGCACUUUUGGCAGUUCAGGAAACAUCAAUUUCCCAGACAGGAAGGCCUAUCCUGAGGGCCACCCUCUGAGACCAGUGCCGGGGGCCACUCGCCACAGCAGCCUUGGGGACCACAAAUCACUGGAGACUGAAGCUCUGGCUGAGGACAUAGAGAAGACUAUGACUACAGCGCUCCAUGAGCUCCGUGAGCUGGAGCGACAGAACACUGUUAAGCAGGCUCCCGACGUGGUCCUGGACACCCUGGAGCCCAUGAAGAACCCAAUUAGCUCCGAGCCCGGCAGUCCUCUGCACACCAUUAUGAUCCGUGACCCGGAUGCAGCCAUGCGCCGCAGCAGCAGCUCCACCUCUGAGAUGAUGACCACCUUCAAACCCGCUCUCUCCGCCCGGAUGGCUGGGGCUCAGCUACGCCCCCCACCCAUGAGGCCAAUGCGCCCUCCUCCCACUCAGCACCGCUCAAGCAGCUCCAGCUCUUCAGGGGUCGGCAGCCCUGCUGUAACUCCCACUGAGAAGAUGUUUCCGAGUAACAGUACAGCUGCUGCUUCUAACAUGAAUACGUGCAGUGAUGCUGGAGAUAAGUCCGGUACCAUGUAGCAAAGGUGGAAUCUGCGAGGUGGUAAGGUAGUAAAGCUUCCUAAGUGAGGGUAAAGCUUAUGGAAAGGAGUGCUGAUGUGUGAAAAGCAGAUAUGGAUAUUUUCCUCUGUUUCCUGCCUGACUUAAUUCAUAUAUUCAGGAAGCUCUUGAAGCGAAUAUGUUACCAUGACGAUAAAGCGUUGGAAGAAGCUGUAGAGGUGUGAUAGCGUAAAGCUCAACUCUCUUUGAAACUUGAUCUAACUAAAGAAAAUGUGUAUAAGAAUACAUGUUUUUCAGUUUCAACAAAAAACGUCUGUGGCCAUAUUCUCGUUUCAGAGAUACACUGAAUGCAAGUGAAGCAAUACUUGUGUGACAUUUCGUUUUAGUUUGCACCAAGCACACGUUGUCCAGCUGAUGUUUCAGUGGCUCCUGCUGAUGUGUGUGAAACACCUCACCUGGACGGGUGUAAACGUGCAGGCUAAAUGACCAUGUCUGCUUACCAUUUAGGUCGCAGGCCUUAUGGCUGUACAUACAAACUUACUUGAAGUAGCCACGCUUUCUGUUUGUACUAUAAUACAGUGGAUGUUCAGCAAAGUAACCACUUAGUGACAUUAUAUACUUCUGCAUGCUGGGCAAGACUUGCAUCAUUGAGAGAUGAUGUAGGAUUUCUCAUAUCAUCAUUGUAAGAAGAAAGUAUCAGUUUAACAACCUAAUUUUCAUGAACAAAAAAAAUAAAUCAAGUUUCAGAUGUACAAAUAUUUGACAAAGUAAAACAUGGGGAUCUUAUAGUAUUAUAUUUAAAAUAUGUCUUCUGUAGGGUACUCUAGAUGUUGUACCUGAAGUCUUUCACUGCUAAAGACAUCCUGGCAUGAAGGUGAUCUCGUAUUAAUCAGAACUUAACAAAGAAAGUCAUCCUCCACCAUAAUGUACGGUUGGACUGUGGGAAGACUUAACUAAUGCAUCAAGUAAUGUAGGACUCCUGUGGCAAACCUGUACAUAAUAUAUAGCUAGUCAUUUUUUUGAAGUGUUAAUCUUGUACAGGCUAAUACAAAAAAAGUAAAAAGGUUGGCUGUGAACGGCACUUAGAUUAAAGAUCGUGAACCACCUUUUAUCAUCUUCAGUAAACUAACAACGUACUCUUUAACUGCGUAAAGUUCAAAUCAUUUACCUUGUACUGUGUGCUUAGAAUGCAUUUGGUAAUUGUACUGUAGAAAACUGAUUGCUGUUGAACGGACAACGAAGCCUGAAUAAAUUUUUUCUCCUUCAUGUUUUUGACACACUCGGCCAUUUUCAUACUCAUUUGGCUAAUCUUGAAAUGUUGCCACUUCACGUCUGAUAUAGUUAUUGCAUAAGACAUAGAAAAGUACCCUCUGACAUUUGCUCUUUCCAAUUUAAAAUGUCAUAGUCACCCAGAGGAACCUAGAUGUUGUGACAUGCAGUUAUCCCAGCUAUCACACUUUCCUUCCUUCCUGCCUUUUUCUGAUGCUCGUUGAUAGAUACAGUUAUGCUCUGACUGUAGACUAUUUCUUUCGUUGAAAGAAAACUAAAUAGAGAACAUUUCAGUGUUUAUAUCUACUGUACCUCUUGUCAUUCUGACAGCUCUAGUCCAGAGACUUUGUUAUCCGCAUCCCAAAGAGUCUGCUCUGUUCUGCAUGUUUUGAGCUGUAUUGUCUGACUCAUAUUCUGCAGCAGUUAGACAAUGGCUGUAUGUGGUGCCUUGCCUUGGUAAUAUGCACAACUCACAACUCAAUAUUGGAUGUUUGUAUUUAGAAAAAUGGGUCUUAGCAUUGAUGGGCUUUGGGAAUGAUGGAUUCAGCUGCUCGUAGCAGUUGCUAAAAUAGAGGUGACAGAGAGCAACGCUUGAUUGAGUCAAAUCAAUUUAAAUAUUAGCAUGUAAACCAGGUCCUGAUCCCACUGUCAGCUCUGUAUACUCUGCAGUGUUACUGAUAUACAUGUCAAUUAAAUAUAUUUGCUCGUUGUCAAUGGAUUGAUUACUAAGAGCAGGGAGCUCAUACAGCCAGAAAUAAGGCAAUACAGCAUUCAAAGUCAAACAGUGCACUCCCAUCCUCUGCUGGUUCCUGCUGGUAUUGCCUCUUCUUGUGACCAGUGGAUACCGUCACCUUUACAUGGGCAUUUUAAUCUGGAGCUAAUAUUGCAAUCACUAAGCGUAUCCAUAUAGUUCUAUUUGUUUGUCCUGGUUACAGUUUUGCACCUGUUAAAAAUCUAUGAAGAUAAUGUUUCAAAAAAUGUCAUAUGUUUAUUGAAAUACAAAGAAAGCACACAAUUUCAAAAGGUUAAAUUUAACAUUAUAUUUAACUAGACUGUUUUGUUUUUAUUUAUAGACUCUUGUGUAAGUGGAGCAGGAAAUUUGACUGCCUUUUGUGCACAACAUCAAUUUUUAUUGGACUUUUAUAUUUACUUUUUUUUUACUGUAAUACGUAACAAUAUGUUGUCUAUUAGUUGUCAUGUUUAUUAUAAACUGAUGUUGCUUUUUUAUCUUUACUUUCUGUUGCUACUCAGUCGUCGAACCAUCACAAGGAAUACAUGGUGUAAAGAUAUUCCUCUCAUGAAUUACAGAAGAAAUGCUCGUCUGUUUUUGUGGUGAUCGCUGAAGAAUAGGAGUUAUAGAAACUACUGUAUACGCGAUCUACUGGUGAAGUUCAGUAGAAUCAUCUCAGAAUAUUUCUCAAUUGUUUUGGUUUUCCCUGUGAACUGCCCGUGCUGUGGUUGAGCCGUAACUUGUCAUUUAGCUUCUUCCCUUCAUUGCAGAAUUGUUGGAAACAGCAGGAGUGAUAUGGAUCCUCCGCUUGCAGAGGUUAUAAGGCGCUUGCUGCGCUGUCCUUCUCCCUACAUGUGAUGUUACACAGACAUUUUCUUUCCUGGAAUGUAUGCUGAAAUGGGCAACACUGUUAGUCUGCUGACAUGAGAAGAUAAUAAGUUAAUAUUAAAAAAUGACGCCACAGUAAGAGCGCAUACUGUCAUGUUUGGGGUUGCUGUCAUACUGUUUACCUUCUCUUUAACUGUUUGUCUAGUGAUGCUGUUUGUUGAUGAGUGUCUGGUUGGUUGAAACCCUGUGAUGUAAUGUACACCAUACCACUGACUGGAUGUUGAGAAACCCCUGCAUCCAAAUAAAAAACAUUAUUGCCCUGUGA